CGCACCGAGGAAGUGACAAUCUAAUGACAAUCUCAUCUGUAAGGACAAUCUCGCGUUUGACAUUGAAACGAAGGAAACAUCUUGUCGAUACGAUCGUCACCAGGACGUCAUCGCUGCCAGGGCAAAAUUUGCACAUUUCUUGGGAUGACGGUUCUCGCGACAUCCGGAUUAUCAUUUUUCGGAGGAAAUAGACGAAUAGUACGUAGAGCAAUUAAUCCAACGUUUCUUUUAGACGAGACCAUGCAACAACGUCUAACCUCAUUUUUCGCUACUGUCAACGAUCCGACAUUUCGUCCCGAUUUUUCCCGAAUUUAUAAAGAGACGGUAUCAUCACUGAAAACGAGACGAUCGACAACAAAUAACGCGGCGUCACGUGACCAGCGUCGUGAGGGGUAUCGUCGAGAGAUGGCGCCACCGACACCUGGCAAGGCUGGCAUCGUACGAAGAGGAAGGCGAACUUUCUGAUGUGAAAUUGAGUGAACGAGGAACACGACGUUCGAUCAUCUACUGCGGCACGAUAAUUAUUAACGUUAACGACCCUCCAAGCUAAGGGAGCAGUCCGCUUCCGUGAAGUCGAGGAUGUUUUGAAGCAGCUAGUCCACAACUAGCAUCAACAACACCACACAGUGUAUGAUACCUGAAGUUUUCACAAGGUGAUAAUCAAAAUGGCGUCUCAAGAAAGCGGCAAAGGGUCUGUGAAAUCUCCUACCAUAGAUAAAGUAGAUGCAAUUGCAGAGGAAUCAAUAACAGAUGAGAAAAAAUUGCCAAGUACUUCUUCAGUUGAGCAACAAAAUGGAUUGAGCGAUGUUGGUAAUCCAGAGGAGAAGAAGAAUUUAACAUUAGAUGUAACUGAUGAAGCAAACAGUGGAAAUAAACAGAAAAAGAACACUGAUAAUAUAGAAAAAGAAAACAAACACAAUUUGAACUCAUUGGCAAUUGACAAGAGUGAGCAGGACGAUAAUAAGGUAGAUAAGAAGCAGGAAAAUUUGACUUCACAUGAUGAUUCUCAAAGUGCAGAUGAUAAAAAGGAUGUUAAAAAUGAAGAUAAAGACGCUUCGGCAAAAGGAGGAUCCUUAAAACGGAAACGAAAAUCCUUAAGUGGUUCAUCGACGACAGAACCUCCCAUGGAGGAGAGCGGCACCAGAGGUAGUAAGAGGAAGAAGCUGAAGAGCACAAGCGAUCGAUUCUGUUGGCGGUGUCAUAAGGAAGGCGUCGAUGCUCAUUGUACCGCCUGUCCUCGUUCGUGGCAUCGCAAAUGCAUAGGUGGCAUGCCGACCUCCUUGGAGAAAUGGAUAUGCGGUGAAUGCGUGACCAUUCUGAGAGCCGAAAACGCUGAAACGCGUACUUUGUCAAUGGCGCAAUUGUCCGUGGAUCAGUUGUGUAUGCUGCUCAAACAUGUGGUUGAGAGAUUGCGCGAAUAUCCUGGGUCCGAACCAUUCUGCAAAGCAGUGGAUAUUGCAGAAGUGCCAAAUUAUUUGGAUUACGUGAUUAAGCCGAUGGAUCUGAGUCUUCUGGAGACAAAUGUACGGUCUAAACUGUAUGGCAGCACCGAUGCGUUUAUGGCAGAUGCAAAAUGGAUUCAACAUAAUUGCAUUGUAUUCAAUACUUGUGGCGGUGUUUACGCGGACACAUCGAAAUUGACGAAUGCGGCAAAGCAGCUUAUCAAAGUGGCGCGUCAGGAAGUCUCGGAGAUCGAGGCGUGUCCUGAUUGCUACGCGCACAGCCGUAACCUGCCGAGACAUCAACCGUCGUGGUUCAUCGAGCCUUGUCGUCGGCCACAUCCGCUUGUCUGGGCUAAACUGAAGGGUUUCCCAUUCUGGCCGGCGAAAGCGAUGCCGCGAGUGAACUCUCAAGGACACGUAGAUGUGCGCUUUUUUGGCGAACACGAUCGCGCCUGGGUACCACCGAAGGAUCUCUAUUUGUACUCGGAGGAGCCACCCGCGCCAUCUCCUCGCAAACGCAAGUCCGACAUGGACGAGUGCGUUCGUGAGAUUCAACGGCACUGUGGAAAGCUUGCACUUAUGUUCGGCCAAUUUAAGUACGCGCCAUCCAAAGUGCAAUAUGAUCCGAACGAUCCGAAGCAGAUACUGCUGAUGCUGCCGAAUUACAAUUCUCUCCAGCCUAACAGUCACUUUCCCAUCUCUGAAUCUCCUUCCGCGUCCGGGAAGAAAAAGAGCCCGCUGAAGAGACGGAGUUUCUCCGUUAAUAAAAGCAAUAAGUUACAAAGUGACGAAGCGACUGAUAACGAAGUAAACACCAGUUCGAAGGAAAACGAAAACGAUAAGCAGGAAAAGAGAAGUAGUGAAGCCACAGCACCAAAAGUACAAAAGUUAGAUGUCGUCGAUACUAAGAAUACUUCAAACUCACAUCUAAAUACUAAUCAUAGUAAAUUAGGUAACGCGAAAAAUCGGGAGACCGCUACAAUUGCUCAAAACAAAAACGUAAAGGAGGAGAAGUCGAAGAGUGCGGCAUCGGCGUCUCGGGGAAAUGUUGCGAGUGCGGAUAACGUCGCCGCAAACAGUACAACGAGUCCUGGUUCCUCGAAUAAAACCUCGUCGAAAUUAAAAGAGGAAACGAAAUCAUCGGCGGAGAGUUCGUCAGCGACAUCACCGGCCAGCGAAACGUCCGAAGUGUCGCGAGUGCGGAAGAGAAGUCUCUUGAAAAACAUCAUCAAUCCUCAGCUGGCGCUUUCCCAGACAGAGAAGACGACCACGAGGCACGUGAAGAACAAUAAAGUGUACAAACCGAAGACACGAAUGGUCGACAAAUUGAACGCGGAGAAGGCGUUGAAGUCCGUUUCCGCGAGCAAGGAAAAUGAGAAGUCGUCACCGAUCUUGAGCGGGAUGACACACAAGGUAUUGAACAACAACAAGGAAUCAUCGAAGGGUGCUCAGAAGACAUCGGGGAUCGAUAUAACGAUGCUACCGCCCGCGACACCGGCGUCGAGCGCGAAGAUUCUUCCCGUUUCGACGAAUCCGCUCUCUUCUGCGGCGGACAAGUCUGUACUGUUUCUCGUGGUGAACAACAGUGGCAAAAACGAGGCUGCGAAACAAGUCGCGACGACAGUCAAUAAGGAUGUGAAUUCCAUGCAGAAGGAGACGCAUCUUCAGAAGAAAGAGAGCAAGGCGAGAAAGACCUUGCAUAAUAAAUCGCACAAUACACAAAUCGUCCAGCACUUGUUGCCGAGUACAGGCGAGUCCACUGCGACUUGCCCGACGAAGCGAGAAACGUUCUCCGCUUAUCAAUUGCCAUCUCCGGAGGCCGGACCGAUCAGCGCGCGCUUGCAUCACGACGCGAACGAACUCGCGCGAAGAAUGGGUCAGUUGAUGGAGGAAGCGUACAAGGAGGCGGCGCAGGCCAAUGUCAAGGGCGAGAACGGCACCGCUGAGAAUUAUGAGACGACCGUAUUCUUCCUGCAGAUGCAAAUGGAGCAUAUGAAGUGGCAGCAUCAACAGCAGCUCGCCGAACUGAAACACAACAACGACCGUAUCCUGUUCGAAGUGCGAAAAAGUCUGGAAGCGGAGAAGUUACGAGCUCUCGAGGAAGCUCGCAGAGACGCCGAAGAGGAGAAGGUUCGAUGUAUCGAGGAGACCAAGCGGAAGCAGUGGUGCGCGAAUUGCGGGCGAGAAGCGGUGUUUUACUGUUGUUGGAAUACGUCCUACUGCGAUUAUCCGUGUCAGCAGUCUCAUUGGCCUACGCACAUGCAAACGUGCUGUUCGCAGGAGGCCUACAGCACCGUCACCGCCAGUCCAGGUGCGAGUUUGAACCAGCAGAGCAAUAACGCUACGACUCACGACUCUACGAGCAGGGUGUGUCCUCAACCAUCUAGCAAAUUGAGUGGAAUUCCGCCAUCGUGAUUUACGGUGUCUCGGAAAGAGAAAAUGAGACAGAAUUCUCUCUAGGCACGUUUUAUUUACAAGUGAUUCGAUAUAACAGGACAAAGAGAACAGUUUCAACAACGCUGUAGGUAAAUCUGUAUUUACUAACAAUUCAGCGAGUUUUGAUACGAAUUAUCCUGAAACAUUUAUUCUCAAGUCUAAAAUCGCGGACGUAUGUAUAGCUCAUUUCUCUCUUUACAAAUGAUAUUUUCAAUUCUGCGUUGUAAAUAAUGUAGUAAUUAUUGUACGUGUGCAAUUUUUGACAACGUUAAUAUUCGUGACGUAUUUAGUUACACGAAUUUGAAUAUGAGACGUAAAGUGGACAAUUCAUUGACAUUUUGUACAAAAUUUGCAGCACUCUUUUAAUUUAAUUAGUAUUCAAUUAAUUAGUUCUAUUUACUAUUACAAAAGACGAUUAUAGGCAUGAUUAAAAGAAUUUCGAA